CCCUGUUGGGCCACCAAACGUAAAAGCCCAAACCCUCGCUCCUCCUCCAAUCACUCUCGCGAUCAUGUCCUCUUCCUCCCGCUUCCUCGCUCGUUUCUUCUCUUCAUCAUCAACCUCAACCCAAACCCUAACCCUAACUCCUCCUCCUCAAUUCAACCUCAGCACCAUCACCGACCUCGCCAACCUCCGCCAAUGGCCGAAACUCCGCUCUCACCUCCACUCUCUCCUCUCCAACCCCCAAACCCUACCCCUCUCAGUCCCCUCCUUCUUCCACUCUCUCUCCUCCUCCUUCCUCCCUCGCUCCUCUCAAUCUAUCGUCGCCGACAUCCUCAUCCUCUCCCUCCUCUCCGCCUCCGACACCGCCGCCGCCGUCGACGCCUUCUUUCGCUCCGGCCAUUACAGGUACAAGCUCUCAACUUUCUCUCUAAACCCUUUACUAAGUUCCCUCAUCAAAACCCAUCACCUCAACCUCGCCCAGUCCGUAUUCAAUCAAAUGCUCACCUCCAGAAAAAUCGCUCCCAAUUCCAUAACUUUCAACACCAUGAUCAAUGGACUCUGCAAGAGUGGAAAGCUUACUAAAGCUGAGGACUUGGUUAAGGAUAUGAGGGCUUGGGGGGUUUCGCCAAAUGUUGUUACUUAUAAUACAUUGAUUGAUGGGUAUUGUAAGAGAGGGAAGAUGUAUAGGGCUGAUGGGUUAGUUAAGGAGAUGGUGGGGUUUGGGAUUUUGCCUAAUUCGGUUACUUUUAAUGUUUUGAUUGAUGGGUAUUGUAAAGAUGGGAAUUUGAAGGGUGGGUUGAAGUUUUUUGAGGAGAUGAAGAGGCAAGGGGUUGAACCGAGUGUGGUCACGUAUAAUUGCUUGGUUAGCGGGUUUUGUGGUGAGGGUAGGGUUGAAGAGGCUGUGGAGAUGGUUAGAGAGAUGGAGAGGUCAAAUUUGGUGCCUAAUGUCGUGAGCUUUAAUGGGAUUGUGAAUGGGUUUUGCAAGAAAGGGAUGAUGGUUGAAGCCAUUAGGGUUUUGGAUGAGAUGUUGGAGAAAGGUUUGGUUCCUAAUGUGGUUACGUAUAAUACGUUAGUUGAUGGGCAUUGUAGGAUGGGGAAGAUGGAAGAUGCAAUUAGUUUGAAGGGAUUGAUGAUGGAGAGAGGAAUUAGUCCUAACAUUUCGACUUACAAUUGUUUGAUACUAGGGUUUUGUGCUAAAGUUGAUAUGAAGGGGGCGACAGAGAUUUUGGAUGAGAUGGGAGAGAGGGGUAUUAAAGCGGACAUUGUGACAUAUAACACAUUGAUUGGAGCAUUGUGCAAAGAAGGAGAAAUGGGGAAAGCAGUCAAGUUAUUAGAUGAAAUGUGCGAUUUGAGUGUGGAGCCUAGUCAUGUUACUUACAAUACUCUUAUGGAUGGGUUUUGCAAGAAAGGGAAUCUUAGGGCUGCUUUGAACAUGAGGGUGAGGAUGGAGAGAGGCAGGAAGCGUGCGAAUGUGGUCACUUAUAAUGUGCUUAUCAAGUGUUUGUGUGAGAAGAGGAAGAUGGAUGAGGCCAAUGGGCUACUAAACGAAAUGUUGGAGAAAGGAUUGGUUCCGAAUAAUGUUACUUAUGAUAUAAUUAAGGACGGGAUGGUGGAGAAAGGAUUUGUUCCUGAUAUAGAUGGGCAUCUUUCUAAUAGUGCAUCUUAGCAAUGUAUAUGAUGAAAAGAUUGAUGGUGUUCCCGUAAAUGGAGUUAUUUUGACUGAGGUGUUACUAAAAUUGGGUUGAUGGUAACUUCUAUAAGAACUUUUGACAGUGUUUGCUAGCAGAAAGUGGAUGCCAAACUGUUAGUUUCAAUGGUAAAUUGGACACAUGGCAUCAAUAAGAUGAAAGAAGCAAAACAAACUUCUGGAAAAUGUAAGAUGCAUGAAGCAAAUGAGUCAGCAACUGAGAAGUUGAACGUCGCAAAAGUUCAUUUCAAUAAAGAAGUUUUUCCUUAGGAGGAGCAAGUAAUAUUUGGUUUCAAUGUGACCAGUUGAAAUUAGAGCUUGCAGUGACAGAGAGCAGCAUUCGCCACAGGCCAAACAAACAAAGAAAUAUAGAAGUUUUCAGCAGCAAACCUCAAAUGUGAGGAAGUACACUUUGGAUGCGAGAGUAUUUGUAAAUAAAAUAAAAAAAUCAAAUAUCGGGAUGCUAGGAAUGUUGAUGAAGUAAUCUCGUUUUAAAUACAAUGAUGGUUGAGACUUGCAGAAUGCAACAAAAGUGUGUCAUACCAUUGGGGAAUGCCUCCAAUUUACAGGAUGAUCACAUUCUCGUGUUCUUUGCAUUGGACAUAGCUAAGAAUUCAUAAUGUCAUAAACUCAAGGGUAUGCAGGAAUAAUGAAGAGAAUCAUCACGCUCUUUGCUCGGACCUGAAAAAUUAGGUUCUCAGCUUUGCUGUUAAGGAGUUUAUCUGUAAUCUGGAGGCCUGCACUUUUAUAUGCCACAAGCUGUCCAUUUAUUUGAUGAAGGGUGUGAAAGCUGAAGUCAAUUUGGGUAGACGAGCAUUGGCUUAAUGGUCAGAGGAAGUAGAUCCGGGAUCAGAUAUAAUGUCCUGGACAUGUUUUCUUCGAGUUUUGCCCGAAAAUUGGCGCUUCUCAAUUAUAUAAUUUUUUUUUAAAAUCUUGAGCUUAGAGAGUUUAGUUGUUGGACAUGACUUUGUUUAUGCACGGCAAUGGCCUAUUCUCUGUUUAGCUUGUUCCAACCCAUCAGCUGCCGGGAAAUUCCAUAAGCAUGGGCGCGCCCCUGCUACUUGUCUUGAUGAUUCUGUAGCAAUUAGUUGUAUACUUGUAUGUAUACGUGUUAUAUACUUUUAAUGACGUCAGAGGCGAAUUUGUUCC